CUCCCCAUCCCCCGGCACCCCGGGGGUGCUGGGGGGGUUUUGGGGGUGCAGGACUUACUUUCCAUGCCCACUUAGUUUCAACUAGGGAAUCAACAGAAGCAAAAGCAAUUUUUUCCCUUUUUGACACCCGCCUCCCCAUUGGCUCCCCCCGGGUCAGCUGACUUUGUCAUUUUGUCUGUCCUGGAGCAGAGCCUUCCCUAUAACAAUCUAGUUCAGACUACAAACUGGAGACAGAAAUAAAUAUUAAAGAAAUCACACAGCCAGGUAUAGAGGACGAUAUGAAUUCCUAUUUUACAAACCCAUCUUUAUCCUGCCAUCUAACCAGUGGCCAAGAGGUGCUUCCCAACGUAGCCCUCAAUUCAACUGCCUAUGACCCUGUCAGGCAUUUUUCUACUUAUGGAGCAGCCGUUGCUCAAAACCGGAUUUAUUCUUCUCCUUUUUAUUCACCGCAAGAUAAUGUUGUGUUUAGCUCCAGCCGAGGACCUUAUGACUAUGGAUCUAAUGCUUUUUACCAAGAAAAAGACAUGCUUUCUAGCUGCAGGCAAAAUUCUAUGGGACAUAAUACACAGACAUCAAUCGCACAGGAUUUUACCAGUGACCAAAACAGGAACACUUCGCAAGAACAAAAAACUAGCAUUCAAAUAUACCCAUGGAUGCAGCGUAUGAACUCCCACAGUGUCUGUUUUGUCUCGGCAUCCCUAGGAGUGGGCUACGGGGCCGACCGCCGGCGGGGCCGCCAGAUUUAUUCCCGUUAUCAAACCUUGGAGCUGGAGAAGGAAUUUCACUUCAACCGGUACCUGACCCGGCGGAGGCGGAUCGAGAUCGCCAACGCUCUCUGCCUGACGGAACGACAGAUUAAAAUCUGGUUCCAAAACCGGAGGAUGAAAUGGAAAAAAGAAAGUAAUUUGAGUUCAACCCUCUCCGGGGCGGGGGGGGGGGCCGCCGCCGCCGCCGCCGACAGCUUGGCCAAGGAGGAGAAGCGAGAAGAGACAGAGGAGGAGAAGCAGAAGGAGUGAAAAAGUGACAGCUCGG